AUGUCGAGAAAUGAAUCGAAGACAAAAAAGGAGAUGCGACAGCAACACACUCAGAACAAAGGCAGUGGGCGAUCGAUGCCGUGGCGAGAUAUUCAAAUCCCCGAAGCCGUAAACGAGUCAUUGGAAGAGUUGAUAGAGCAGUUGAUCGAUAGUUACAUAAACAGUUGGUAUAAGUCGGAAAUUAGUUCAGACACAAUAUUCCUCAAUGAGAUUAGAUAUCAGAUUCGAUACGCAGCCUCAGUUGCAUAUCAACGAAUACAGACGUUGGACUUGUCUGAACUGAUUCUGAGUGAUGCCGUGCCACUGGCUGUAGCUCAUGCUGAACGAGUGACUCGAAUCGCACACCAGAUCGAUUCGCACGUGCGAUUUUUUAUUGUU